AUGCUUCUCCCGUCCGCUCUGUCGUGCGAUGCGUCGCACUCGUCGCACUCCUCCCAGCCUCGACUCCAACCCUCUCUGUUCUCUCCUCCCGCCAGCCCCCCGUCGCACGCUCCAUUCGCCAACAUCAUGACAACUUGCCGCUCUCUUCAGUCUCUGCUCGCCAAUCCCGCGCCCAUCACCGACUCACGCGCCAUGCCAUCGCUCGCUCAACUACCCACGCCGCCGCUCGCCCACGCGCCUCCUCCGCUGAAGCUGCGCCUUCGGUCGCGCGACAAUCGCCGUGAGCCGGUCGGACCCAAGAAGAUCACCAAGCGCGCUCCGCCGCGUGGCGCCAACAAGAGACGCCGCACACCCGAGGACGAUGCAGACCGCUAUGGUUCCGAAAGUGACUCGGCUAGUGAGGCGCCGUCGUCGCCAUGCCCGCCCACCGAACCAGUUGCACCCUCAACACCCAAGCGCACGCGCAUCGCUCCUGAACAACUCCCUCUUGGUCUCGAGCGAUCCGACUUCCACAGAAUGCAGGGCAACACCACCACCGAAAACAACAGCGCCGAAGCGGGAGAAGAAGAUUGGACCGCUGAGGAUGAUCGCAUCCUCAUCGAACUUGUACUCGAGAAGCUCAAGCUAUCCAAGACUGAAUGGCAAGAUUGCGCCCGAAACCUCGGCCGCGAUCGCCAUGCCGUAAACCGUCGCUGGAAGAGUCUGAUAAUGAACGGCGACGUUGGCCUCAAGACGCGAUCUGGUCGCCGAAGCAAGCUACACUCAACCUGGUAA